AUGAGGCCUGAGAAUCAGAGCCACGUGUCCAAGUUCCUCCUCGUGGGGCUCCCCAUCCGGCCAGAGCAGCAGGGCAUGUUCUCCGCCUUGUUCCUGGGCAUGUACCUGACCACGGUGCUGGGCAACCUCCUCAUCAUUCUGCUCAUCAGGUUGAACCCUCGCCUCCACACCCCCAUGUACUUUUUCCUCAGCCACUUGGCCCUCACUGAUGUCUCAUUUUCAUCUGUCACUGUCCCUAAGAUGGUGAUAAACAUGCAAACCCAGGAUCAAUCCAUCCCCUAUGCAGGGUGCAUAGCACAGAUGUAUUUUUUCCUACUUUUUGGCUGCAUUGAUGACCUUCUUCUUGUAGUGAUGGCUUAUGACAGGUACGUGGCCAUCUGUCACCCUCUCCACUACACCACCAUCACGAGGGAGGGGCUGUGUAUAUUUCUACUGGCUGGAUCCUGGCUCCUCUCUUGUGUCAGUGCCCUGUCCCACACCAUCCUCCUGGCUCAGCUGUCCUUCUGUGCAGACAACAUCAUCCCACAUUUCUUCUGUGACCUUGCUGCCCUGCUCAAGCUCUCCUGCUCAGACACCUCUCUCAAUGAGCUGGUCAUAUUCACUGCAGGGACUGCAGUUGUCAUUCUUCCACUGAGUGGCAUCCUGGUCUCUUAUGGUCUCAUUGGGGCCUCCAUCCUGAGGGUCCCUUCUACCAAGGGGCUCUGCAAAGCCCUGUCCUCCUGUGGCUCCCACCUCUCUGUGGUGUCUCUAUUCUGUGGAACCACUAUGGCACUGUACUUUUCCACCUCAUCAGGCAAGUCCAAUGACACAGACAUGAUUGCCUCACUGAUGUACACAGCGGUGACCCCCAUGCUGAACCCCUUCAUCUAUAGCCUGAGGAACAGAGACAUGGAAUUGGAUCUGGGAAUUCUUUUCAGAAGCAAUUAUCUUUUCAUCCACAGACAUGAGCAGACCAUGAGGAAGGAGAACCAGAGCAGCAUGUCAGAGUUCCUCCUCCGGGGGCUCCCCAUCCUGCCAGAGCAGCAGGGCAUAUUCUUUGCCCUGUUCCUGGGCGUGUACCUGACCACAGUGCUGGGCAACCUGCUCAUCGUCCUGCUCAUCAGGCUGGACCCUCGCCUCCACACCCCCAUGUACUUCUUCCUCAGCCACUUGGCCUUCACUGAUGUCUCCUUUUCAUCUGUCACCAUCCCUAAGAUGCUGAUGAACAUGCAUACUCAGCAACAAUCCAUCCCCUACGUGGAGUGCAUUUCCCAGAUGUAUUUGUUCAUACUUUUUGGCUGUCUUGACAACUUCCUUCUUGCAGUGAUGGCAUAUGACAGGUACGUGGCCAUAUGUCAGCCACUUCACUACACCACUGUCAUGAGGCAGGAGCUGUGUAUCUCAUUGGUAGCUGUGUCCUGGUUCUUCUGUUGUAUCCAUGCCCUGUUGCACACCCUCCUCUUGGUCCAACUGUCCUUCUGUGCUGAAAAUACCAUCCCCAACUUCUUCUGUGACCUCCCUGCCCUCCUGAAGAUGAGCUGUUCAGACAUUUCCAUCAAUGAGCUGGUCAUCUUUACUGAAGGAGGAAUGCUGUUCAUCUUGCCUCUGAGUAGCAUCUUGGGCUCAUAUGUUCGUAUAGGGACCAUUUUCCUGAGGGUCCCGUCCACUAAGAGACUCUUUAAAGUCUUCUCCACCUGUGGCUCCCACCUCUUUGUGGUAUCUUUGUACUAUGGGACACUUGCUGGUGCUUACUUUUUCUCCUCAUUAUGGAACUCCAAUGACAAAGACAUAAUUGCUUCAGUCAUAUAUACAGUGGUUACGCCCAUGCUGAACCCCUUUAUCUAUAGCCUCAGAAACAGAGAUAUGAAACAAGCCCUAGAAAUAUUUGUCUUUAGGGGUAACUUCUUCAGAUGA